AUGUUGCGUAUACGCAUUCCCGUGCGUGUGCUUCAGAGACGAUCGUACGUGAGCCUUGCUUAUCACGAGACUGCACAUACCGAGCAACGCGCAACACAUGUCACAGGCGUCCAAACAAUCGAUCGUUCUAUUCAAUCAUCGCCACGCUCAACAGCAAGCAAAGCUUCGAGUGGCAUUUCGUCAGUUGGUCAAGAUCUUGAUACUGAAAAUAGCGUCGAGCCCGCGUUUGAAGUCAUAUCAUCGGGCGUAGGCUCAGCUUUAUUGGUGAAGUUACCACCAGAUACCACUAUCACAGCAGCGACUGGAUCGGCUGUGGGUGCAUCAACACGGGUUAUUUCUAAGCUUUCAUUGGAUGAUCAUUCUGCUGUCAAGGCUGUUGGAGGAAAAUUGGUUGGUGAACCAGUCUUUUAUCAAAAGUAUUAUACAAAGCAAUCAGCGGGUGAUGUUAUUUUGGCACCUUCGCGUAUCGGUGAGAUCGCCAUUGUCAAUAUCCGAGGAAGUACAAAGUACGCUCUACGUCGUGACGCAUUCUUGGCAAAGACUGAAAAGGUUUCGCUGGCUUUGGGAUUGAAUGGUGUUAAAGGCAGCGAUGCAGGCUUGGCCAAUCGAUUGGUGCACACCGUAACUGGUCCAGGGCAACUCGCCAUCACCCACUAUGGUGGUCUUUACAGACUUUCUCUAGCUGCUGGUGAAGAAUAUUUGGUUAAUCCAAGAAAUCUCGUCAUGUGGGAUUUACGAACCGAGCCUACCAAGUUGCAUCCUGCCAAUCCAAUCAUUCCCUCACCACGCUCUCCUUUGAGACGAUAUGCCUUUGUACGCAACGUUGCCGAUAGCCCUUCGUUACAACCCAAGUUGCAAUACAUGUCAAGCGUUAUCAAGACCCUUCGCAAUUACAUAUUGGGUGCUCCUGAUUUUGUACGCGUCAAAGGCCCUGGAGAUAUGUUCCUUGCUUCUCGUGUGGAGCCUCGCUUUGAACGUGCACGAUUGAUGAAUGCACUUGCUGCAGCCAAUGAUUCGCUCACUCAAGCAUUUGAACCAUCAGCAUUGUUCCCUGCCGCACCUGCUGAGACAGCCUUGUAUCACCACCAUAAACGUGAUUCCCAUCCCAAAGCCGGCUAUGCUAGUGGAAAAUCUGUGAAUGGCAUACCAACUUAUUAUGCUGAAGUCGGCCCCAAGGGCAAGGUCACUUUUAUUACCAAUCAGUAA